AUGACUAAUCAACUUAUCGGUCCUGAUAACAACUUUUUUUUUUAUCGCGACUUUGCUUUAUCUUUUUGGUCUUCCUUGGUCCAACUCGCUCUGCAUCAUCUUCCAGCCAUCUUCAACGACCAUCAAAACAGCCCAUUCAUAUCCCAUUUCCUAUCUCUCUGUUUCGUCCCCAGUCCGGAUCACCCUUAUCCUUCCUUCUUUUCCCUUUCUCUACCGCGAUUGAGGCCUUCGGUGCCUCAACAUACAUCGUUCACCACGGCGUCCGCAGUAGCUCCCCUGUCCUUAGGGACAUCCGCCAUUGAUCCGGCUCUACGAUCCUCAUCCUCGCAAGUUCGAGAUGUUCCGGCCUUCACAUCGCCUCAGGAAGGCGAUGGUUCGUCGUCGUUGAAGUUUGAGGCCGGAGAGUCCUCGACAGCCUACCAUAAUUCCAGCUCGACAGCUCCUCCUCCAAAUUCCUUUCCUGCCACGACAACAGCAACAACCGAUUAUCCAGAGACAUCGACGGCAGAAUACGCUCCUUCGGCCACGGGGCUGUCUGCUUUGGCAUCCGCUGCCUCUGAUCAGACCUCUUAUAUACGGUAUGUCGAUAGGAGAAACUCGCCGAUAAGGACCGGCAUUUCGUCAUCGGUCUCGCAGCAACAUACAACCACAUUCCAAUUACCUGACGAGAUAGGCUUAAUUUGGAAAUUUACUGACUGCUAUAACUGUCGUAGGGCGUAUGAUAACGCGGAAACCUCGAACAGCAACCAUAAUGCCAGCCAGAGUGUAAACUAUGCGACCUCUGCGCCAACCGCAACCAAUGGGGGACAAGGCAGCACCACGGUAAGCACACCCUGCAACAGCCUCAGAUAA